AGAGCCACUCCCGGUGAAGUGAAGAAAAAAGGAAAGGAAAAUCACUAAUUCAGCAAAGCAGUGGCCGUGAAGGGGGAAAAAAAGAGAGAGGCAAGCUUAAUCAAAUAUUACCGGAACGGAUGGCGGCUGGACGCGGGACUCGGCGGAGACGAUGGCGGUGGCGGCCGCGUUGACGGUGUCGAUGGUGGUGGUGGUCGUCGUCGUAGCACCUCUCAUCUCGGGAUUCAGAAAGACGAGCUGCGAAGAUGGCGUAUCAUGCUCUCCCGCGAUUCGAUCUGGAGAAAUGGAAAGCCGCAGACCGACGAAACCGAAUCUGAAUCCGCACCAGAUGGAAACAGAGCGAAGAUUGAAGAGCAAGAAGAAAGAAGAAGGAAGAAGGAACUGUGAGCUUAUAGUAUAAACACGGAGAGAUCAAAUCGGAAAUGCUCUCUCUUCUCUCUCUCUCUCUCUCAGCCUGUCUAAUGAAGUUUGUUUGUUGCUGUUGGAUUGAGUUUACGUUACAGCUCGCUUCU